AUGAAUAAUUCACAAACAGGAUGCACACUUAUUUUUGAGAUGUGGUUUUUAAAAGUAUAUUACUAAUAAAGCUAACAGCAAAUUACUAUUGAAUACCAUAUUCAUGAAAAUACAAGCAAAUAAGGUUCAUUUGGCAUCGUUGCAUUUGAAACCCUAAAGAGAGAGUUUUUAGCAUUGAAAUAAUCUGAAGAAGUUUAAAAAUAAUAUCCCUAUUUAUUUUCAAAAAUAGAAGUUUCUGAUAAGCUUGUGAGACAUAUUAUAGAUUUAAACUUUUACGAGGUAAUAGAUUACUUCCAGCAAAGUGAAGAAGACCAAAUAAAACAAUAUAACUCACUUUUACAGCAAAUGAUUUUCUUUUUUUAACAAGAAUAAUAUAUAUGCUCAUAUAAUUUCAAUAAAAUUAUAAAACUUAAAUAUAAAAAUAUUUAUAGCUUUUUGAUAUUUCCAGGAUUAAUUUCAUUUGAAGAUUCUUCAGAGAGAGGAAUAAAUUUAUAAGAUGAUGUUAAAAAAUUGGUUAGGCCAUAAAUUUCUCAUAGAACAGACAAAAAACUAGAAAUUUUGACUUUUAUGAAAAAUUUUGUUAUAUAAAAAUAUGAAAAGUAAUUUUAAGAGAUAGUAAAAUAUUUUCGUGAGGAUUUGGAAUUACUAGCUAAAGAAAAUAUUAUAUUAAAAAAUAAUAAAAUUGAAGGUAAAAGUUAUUGUUUAUUUAAUUUAGCAUAUGAUAUUAACAGAAAUCUAAAUCAUGAUCAAAAUAUUGAAAAAUAUAAAGAAAAUAAAAUUUCAUUCACAUUUUAAUUAGAAAAAUGUGAUGAAAAAUUAUCUAAUUUAUUAUAUUAAAUAUGUUUAUACAUGGAUAAUGAAAAUAAUUUAAAGCAAAAAAAAAAAUAAAUCAAUGAAUAUGUAAGUUAAGAAAAGGAAUAGAGAUAAAAAAUAGAAGAGGCCUUCAAUACAUUCUAUGAAGAAGAUUAUAAAUAAGAAGAUAAGCUUUAAAAAAACUUUUAAAAACUUGAGUCUGAGAUCUAAAUAUUUAGUUAGAUUAUAAACAAUAAUGAUAAUUUCAUACUAAACGAGAAACCUGAGAGAAUUAAAUAUAUAGAUUAACUGAGAGAAGAUAUGAAAAAAUAUAGAGAAACUAUUUUAGAAAAUAUCAAAAUUUAAAAAUAAAUGAAUGAAUUUUAAUGA